CGUCACGUGACCCGUUAGGCUGUGCGUUGUACAGUUGCUGUGAUAUUCCCACAGACAUGCCGACAUUUUACUAAAUUGUGCUUUUAGCAGUGACCUAACAUCAAAAUGUGUGAACGUAAAGUGGAGCCACAAAGCUCCAAACGGUUACGCAUCUCAGAAUUGAACCCGCACCUUUUGUGUGCACUGUGUGGUGGAUAUCUGAUAGACGCCACUACUAUAAUAGAGUGUCUUCAUGCUUUUUGUAAGACUUGUAUCUUGCGUUAUUUGGAGACCAGCAACUACUGCCCUAUCUGUGAAGUUUUAAUUCACAAAACACGCCCCUGGCAGAAUAUUAGAUUAGACCAUUCCCUACAAAAUGCUGUUUAUAAGAUGGUUCCUGGUUUAUUUCAAAAUGAAAUGAAACGGCGACGUGAAUUUUAUGAAAAGUUAAAGCAGACAGACAAAAAAGUGUGGACAUGCAGUUCCCCUGAAGGAGAGCUUGGAGACAGGAUUAUCUUCUCCCAGGAUGAAGAGUUCAGUAUCUCUAUCGAGUUCUCUCCCGAUGGGCAGCCAGUCAAAGAAACUACAACAACCUUACAGAAAAAACACAAAUGCACUUACCAGCCUGAGAAACGCUACCUUAAAUGCCCUGCAGCUCUCAGAGUUGAACACCUGAAAAAGUUCAUUCGGUCCAAGUUUUCCUUACCUCCAAACAUACAGAUUGAUUUAUUUCAAGAGAAAGAACCAUUGUGUGACACCUACACUUUGAUGGAUGUAGCUUACAUUCACAUGUGGAAGAGGGACUGUGUUCUCCGACUGUUCUACUCCUUCUAUGAGAUACCACCAAAGAUUAGAAAGUUGGAGACAGUGAGUGUCAUUGAAAAGGUCAACAAGAAAAACAAAGAGAAGAAAGAAGAGAAAACACAGAAGAGAAAAACUGAGAGAAAGUCCAAGACUAAGAAAGAGAAAAACAAAAAGCAGUGCAAAGUGGCAGAUUCUGUCAGCUCUAAUAAUGAUUCUGUUGGCCAGGUACAGACCAAACCAAAUGGCCAGGUACAGACCAAACCAAAUGGCCAGGUACAGACCAAACCAAAUGGUCAGAAGUUGAAAAGGAAGCAUUUAGACACACAACCUGGUGAGACUGAUCUUCAGCCUCCAAAAUUGACAAAAAACAGUUUAAAUGGGCUUUCUGUACAUUCUAAAGGGCCACCAUUUAAACAAAAGUCCAACGUAGAGUGCACCUCGUAUUCUAUAAUCCAGUCGUCCAAUGUAAAAGAGAAAUCUAAGAGUGUCAAAGAGCCAAGCAAAGACAAAACGUCUCUGAAAAUGUUGAUCAAAUCUUCUCACUUAAAACCAGCCAAGGAGGUCAAGAAGCAACAGGUGGUCAAGGCCACCUUACUUUCAAACAAACCCAAUCUCUUUGAAAGAAUGGGAUCCUUAACCAAGUGUUCACUGACUGACCAAGUCAACGCAUCUGAUUCCUCCACACUAUUGAACCACAUAACUCAUAAACAAAGUAAAAAGCUGAAAGUGAAAGAUAAAAAGUGUAAUAAGUCUCAAAAAGAGUUCAAGUCAGCAGUCAGCAAUACAGAGCAAAAUGGUAAAUCUAAAGAAAAACAAGACAUAGUGAUGGAGACUAAACUCAGCCCUGGUAACAGGCAGGUUGUUGUAGAUGCUGCUGGCAAAAUAGUUGAAGCUUGUUCACCAGCUUCAGUCAAGUCAGAACUGAAACCAGAGCUUCCUUCAGAAAGUAGGCCUACUGAAUUUCAGUGCCUUAACUUGGAUAGCACUGAUGUUCUGCUAUCAGGUCAUAAACAAGAGCUCCCAUUGGCCAUUCAUGGACAAGGUUCAACUGGUGCUGAAGGGGUGUCUGAAGUUUUAUCUUCAGAGCAGUAUCAACCUUCUCCAACUGACUUGCAAAAGUAUGCAAAGAACACAGCAAGAAACAAGUCAAAAGAAGAAGCUAAAACUGAAUGCCCAGCAACUUCCUCAGAUGUUUUUCAGAAACUUUCACUCAAGGAAGAAAUAGUGUCUCAAACUCAAGUUGUUGUCAAAGAUGACAAUGACAGUGGCAUUGAAACUGACAGUCAGAAAUCUGUCACUCCGGAACACAACAUACCUUUUGUCACAAAUGAGAUAAUGACUGUUGUCAGUUUAGAUAGCAAACAAUCUGUGAUUUCAAAUGAUAAAAAGUCAGGGAUCACACAUGACAAGAAAAAAACAGACAUUUUAACAUCCAAUAGAAAGUCUGAGACUCCCAUUAGCAACAGAAUCCCAGCAGUGAGUAAAAGUGCCCCAAAAUCUGAUGUUAUAAACAGUUCUAAAUCUUCUGUCCUGAGUCAUGACAACAGGUCACCUUGUAUUUCUACAGACAGCAGAAUGUUCGGGAGAACAAUGGAAGAAAAAGUGUUGUCAUUGGCUAUUGAAAACAAGAUGUCAUCUAGUUCUUUUGAUAACAAACUUUCUGUCAUUUCAGCAGACAACAAGCAGUCUAUUUCUUCCGACCACCAAGUGUCUGGGCUGGAUACAGACAAUACAAUUAAGGUGGACAUUAAAGAAGAUUCCAAAAUAUCCCCUCAAGAUAUAAAAUACAUUGACAAAGAACUUGUCAAGCAGGAAACUGGGUUUCCAGAGAAGUGUAAAGUAGAAAGCAAAGGACAUUUGAAUACUUUGGAAACCAAAGAGAGUCAAGUUGGUGAGAAUGAAAAAAGUCUUUUAUUAAAUGGUUCCUCUGUACAUUGUCUUCAGACUAAGGUGGUCGAGAACAAUAAUGAUAUCACUGUUGUUAAAGACUCAGUUUCGCCUACAGAGAUCACAGUGUCUGCAACUGACCAAGAAUCUCAAGGCAUUGUAAAGUCAUCUUCCCCAAAGAAGCAGACAGUCAGCUUACAGAAAGUAGACUCUGGUGUUUCUAGUCAGGCAAAGUCACUCAGUAAUGGGGUUCUUUCUUUGCAAUCAUUGCCAGAACCUCCUAGACUUGUUACUGCAGGAUGCUCUGUUUCCCUUACCAUUGCUUCCAUUGUUUCAACAUCCAACACUGCCGUGAGUCCUUCCACCAUAAGCCUGUCUGGGGCCAAGUUGGCCAGUUCUUACACCACCAAUACCUCCUCGAUAUCUUCAGUUGGUAACACACUUAUUUCCACCACAGCUAGCAACACAAAACCAACAGUGACUUCAAUACAGAAAGUGGAUUUAUCUCCAGAAACAUGUGAAGUUCAGAGACCAAAAGACCUGUCCAACACGGGGCCCAAAUCUAUGGCUUCUGCCCCAGGGAAGAGUAAAGAGAAACAGCAUGACAACAUGACCAGAUCGUCUUCAGUGCCACCUGUCUCCAUCUCAGCUUUGUUUAGCAAUGGCUCCAAUCAUCCUUCAGGCAAAUCAGCUCCCACCUCAUCCAUCCAUUCCACGGCUCCAUCUAUAGCCAACACUUUCCUCAUCGCACCUCCCAUUCCCUCUGUUGAACCAUUGUCAAGGUCUUCACCUCAUUGUGAACAGAACACAUCUACAAUUCCUAAAGAAGCUAUAAAUGUUGACAAUUUCUUAUUCGACACCAAACCUUCGGAAAAAGAUUCUCCCAAACCAGAGAUGAACUCAAAACCACGUCAACUGUCUCCUCCAAUAAAACAGCCACCAAAGAAUAUUUUAAAGGCCAAGCCCAUUUCAUCACCCGAGGAGCCUCGAAGCUCCGUGGAGGCCCAGCUGACUGCUAUGCAUCAGCUUCCCAAAACUAUAUCUCAAACGUCAAAGUCGUACUCCUCUGUUGCCCGAUCUGCUUCAUCCUCCUCAGCUUCGUCCAGCAGAUCCAACAGCAGUGUGAUACAGACCACAAAGAUUAGCACUUUGAUUCCAAAGUCUAAUUCCAUCAGCUCCAAGUCGAGCAUGUACACCAAGUCUUUCUCAUACCCAACCAACAUAAACAGUGUCCCGUCUUCAAGGAGUUUCCUGCACUCUGCCAUGCCGCAUCCUUUGCCUCGGAAUGAUCUGUCAGCCAUCAUUAACGGCACUGUGAGCGCAGUGAACUACCAACGCGCCAUGAGCAAAGCCUCCCUGGCACACUCUACCCCCAAACCUACUAUCCCAUCUUCUCCUCUUACUCAUCCUCCAAGAACGUCGACCAAGCACGGUGCUAAAGACGGGGAGAGUAAACAUGAAAAGACCUCAAAAAGUAAGAGUAUUCCCCCUUUGACAAUCCCAAAGGCUACCUUGGGCAGCACAACUCUGAAGCUGCAACGGUCGCCUGGCUCCACUGACCACUACAUCUUUGCUCCGGCGGCAAGUCCAUUUGGACUAAGUGGUCACCACAGUGGGGAAAAGGGCAAAAGCAGUAAAGAGAAACACAAUUCCAGGACCCUAUCAUCUCCAGCCCUGUCCUCUAAAGAGAGUGUGUACGCUGCUGGGGGAGGUGAGAGACAGCGUGUACCAACUAUAAAAAUAUCAGAUAUCAAUAGAAAUCCUAUCAUCGUGGACAGUGGUCUCAAUAACCACCUCACACCCCAGUACAGGGCUUACAGCUCCGCCACCGCUGGUUCGCGUGCACCUGUAGAAAAUGGAUCCAGCCGAAACCACCUACGAGCAGGGAGUGAGUGCGGCUCGCCCAACACUGGGAAUGAGCGGUCAGCUCGCGAGACCAGACGACCAUCAGACUCUGAGCUGUUGAUGAACCACUGCUACGGUUACACCACAGCUGACCUUCUGUUCAACGGGUUUAAACUGCCCUCACAAUCCCAUCCCAAGUUUCCUGAUCUCCACUAUGAUACAGAUGCCAUGCCUUUGGAUUAUUCCCAGUCUUCAUCUAAAUCUUAAACAUCUGUUGGUACUCGGAUUUACAUGAGUGAAUUAUGUAUGGACUUGACUGCCAUGUUUAGUACUUUGAAAGAAGCUUUGUGCUUGAUUUGUUACUAUAUCACUGUUGACAUUGACCUGUCAGGUCAAGGAUAAGACACUAACUGAAAUAAUAUUGUGAUAAGUUAUUUUAUAUGAUGCUCUUAUUUUGUUGUCUUUUGGUUGCACGCCUCCCUUCCCAUUCUUGUUUGUAGAUUGUAUUCAUUAUGUGCCACUGCAUGGGCUGUUAUCUCUUGGAAUGGACUUAGUAUUAUCUUUGGUGUAGCCUGUUCUUAUUCUAGUCUUUAUUGAACCUGUCAGUGGCCCAAAAUGUGUCUAGCCAAUGAUGUGCACUAUUAGAGAUAAAGGGAUGCUGUUAUUGACUACUUCAGUUUAGUAAUGACAAACUCAUCUAGGUGGUAGCAACAUUUAGGAGAUAGCAACAAUCAAGUUUCAAUUCACUUGGACUUUUUUUUUUUUUGUGGGUGGGUUGGGGGGGGGGGGGGCUUUUGGUGUAACAGGAGCAGCAUCUAGUUAGAUUAGACUUGAGUCUCUUUGACAUUGGUUCAGUCCGAUCAAUAGGAGAGUCCUCCAGUCCACCACUUUCAUGUACAGACAGAACAGUUCCAGCACGUCUACCUGUGAAACACAUUCCUGGACAUUUAGAAACUGUGAUCCAAAUGAACACCUUUUUUUUUUUUUGUAAUUUAUUGAGCAAAACACCGUGGCAAAGUUGUGGACUUCAUACAUUAAACAAUAGUCCAAGCGAACUAGGUACCUACUUAUGCACUAGGGACAAAGCAUUGUUUUAUUGUUGUAUUUGUGUCUGGUUAGUAAGUCUUUUCAGAGACUUUGUCAAAGACCAUUAAAACGUUUAGUUUAAUAUACUCAGUAUGUAAAUGGCAAUUGAUAGUGUAGACUUGUUGUUCUGUUUGAUCAAAACUAAUACAUAAAGAAGCCUCCGAAGUAUUACUAAGAAAUGAACACAUUUAGUGAGCACGUCUUCAACUAGUUCAUGUCAUCAUGUUUUGAAAGGGAACAUGUUCCUACCUUUCUAAACUUGACCCUAGGAAAACUUUCUAAAUCUGUGUUAAGGACCAGAGACGAUAACGGCUUUGUCCACGAUGUUAGAUUGUCACAUCACUAGAGUCCCCCCUCCCCCCUUUUUUUUAAAUCAGCUUUUAAAGGCCCCAUUUGUUGUUGUUUUAUAGCACUAUACCUUUUUUUUUUCAUCUGGUUUUUAAAAGUUUUUAUCGCUCUUUCUGUCUUUCUUUU